UGUACCUGUCUCCCAGCCCGCCUAUGUCACCACAUAGUGACGAUAUAGCACCAGGAGAUCUAUGGACACAGUCACUCACACCUAGAAGGGAACGCGAUGCGGAAAACUAUAUGGAUCCAGAAGAACCAACAAAACCAGAACCUAAAGAGAUUGCUGGAAAAGCCAAAUCAUUCUGGCCGUUGCGUUCAACCAACUACGGCCUGCGAGGAAUCCAUAUCCCCUUGACGUUCAGCAUCUCUGGCACAUAUGGAUCCAACUAUGGUGGCUUCGGCUCCGGAGUCCUGGGCAGUAGCUACGGGAGUUUAUCCAGUGACCUUAGUGAGUCAAGUGGCAUGGCAUUUGGAAGUUAUGGAAAAUCAGCAUUAGCGGGCAGUAGCUAUGGUAAUUAUGGAACUGGUUACCCUGGGGUGAGGAUUUUCGGAGGUGCCGCCAAAACUGGGUGGAGUGGAUGGGGCAAUGGAAAGUGGGGGCAUUACGGGAAGGGUUAAAAAGGAAAAAGUAGGU